CUCUCUCUCUGAUUUCCCUGUCUUUCGUUCUCUGUUUGGAGCAUUUCGUCGAACGAAAGAUGCUCAUUCAUUGAGUUUCUUGAUGUUAGUAGAUAUCGUUGCUUAAAUGCACUUACAUGUUCGAUAAAAUGCUUCAGAGAGUAUUUUCUUUCCUGUUGUGUCUGAUUCCUGUUCGUUAAGAUGCCACGACAAAUUCAAGUUCAUUUCUACACGGAAAACUCUUUUUCGUUGUCCUUGUAUGAGAAUCUUGAAUAUAUAUUGGUAUAAUUUGAAAGUGCAUCCUUUUUCAUCAAUCAAAUGGAGGAGAAAUCAUUUUUGGAUAGAAUGCUUGGUCAUCUACGCGAAACAUGCAAGUACUCUACUGGGUAUCCCAAGGAUCUUGGGCCAUCACGGGUUAUUCACUUUACGUCAGAGCGUGAGUUUGUCCGCCUUCUUCACCAGGGGUACCCGGUUGUAGUAGCUUUUACCAUCAGAGGCAAUUACACCAAACACCUUGACCAGGUUCUUGAUGUAGCUGCUACUGAAUUUUAUCCACAUGUAAAAUUUUUGCGUGUUGAAUGUCCAAAAUAUCCUGGCUUUUGUAUAACUCGGCAGAGGAAGGAAUAUCCAUUCAUUGAAAUAUUCCAUAGCCCAGAACAAGCAGCUAAUCGAGGAAGGGUUGCUGGUCCAAAUAUCACGAAAUACUCUGUGAAGGCUCUUCCUUUCAACUAUGACCUGAGUGCCUAUGGAUUCAGAGAAUUUUUCAAGCGUCAUGGCAUACAAUCAUCGCGGGAGCCAAAGUAAAAAGACCUUGUCAGAAAAGCACUGGUGUAUGGCUUAAGGACCAUGCCUUGUAAAAAACAAAUAAUCUAAAUAUGGCUGAUAAGCAGUAGCGGCCUGCGGUUCAAGUAAAUGUUGUCAUGUUUAAAAGUCAUGCCUACUUAUUGUGGUACUUAAUGAAGCUUGAAAUAUUUUCAAUGAAAAAUCCUGUAUGUGUUGAAGCC